ACUCCAACCCGGUGAGCGGCUGAUCCAUGACUUCGUGUACUUUCGUGCAUCAAGCCAUUCCCUGCAUCCAUUUGCCUCCACGACUCGAAUUGAAUCCUUCCUUCCUCCCCCGCCGGAAAUCCUGCCUCCAUCCGAUCCAAGCACGCCUAGGUUUCUCUGGAACUCGCCGGGCAAGAUGUCAAAAAACGGCGCGGACUUCCACCUACCGGACGAGAUUCUCUCGGUAAUUCCUACGGAUCCCUUCGACCAGUUAGAUCUCGCCCGAAAGAUCACGUCCAUGGCUAUCGCCUCCCGUGUCUCGCAGCUCGAGGCGGAGACCGAAAGCCUCCGGAAGAGUAUCUCGGAUAAGGAUGAGAUGGUAGCCGUUCUCCAGGACCGGCUCAUUGAGCUUGAUCGCUUGUUCCAGGAGUCGGAAUCCCGCCUGCGUCUUGCGCUCGAGGAAAAUCUUCAAUUGGUCAAGGAACGGGAUACUCUUGCUUUAACAGUGAAGAAGCAAAGCCGGGAUCUCGCCAAGCUGGAGACGUUCAAGAGGCAACUAGUGCUUUCCCUGAAUGAUGAUAGUCCCUCUCAAUCAGAAGGAGAUAUUGGAACCUCUGAUGUCUCUGUUACUAGAAUGUCUGCAUGGAAAGAUCAGUCUUCCUUUAGCCGCUCAUCCUUGGAUGCUGAUGUUGGAUCAUCAAAAACUGAGUCAGGAGAAGAUGCAAAGAAGACUGCUGGCAAUAAGCUCUCAAUUACUCCAUACAUCACUCCACAACUCAGUCCAAACGCCACCCCAAGGGUUUCAUCUACUGGUGGUUCCCCUAGAAGACUCUCUACUGUAGAUUCAUUGCCAAAGUUUGCUUCAGGUGCCACAUCUCCUACAAACUCUCGUUUUGAAGAUCAAGGUUCAAUGUCAUCAAGAUAUCCUUCAAGUCAGCAGAUCUCUGCAGCCAGCUCUCCUCCUCGUCGAACUCCACAAAUAGAUGGAAAAGAGUUCUUUCGUCAAGCUAGGACCCGUCUCUCUUACGAACAGUUUGGAACAUUUUUAGCUAGUAUAAAGGAGCUGAAUGCUCACAGAAAAUCUCGUCAGGAAACAUUAGCCAACGCUGAAGAGAUUUUUGGCACGGAGAAUAAGGAUCUAUAUGUAUCCUUUCAGCGUUUGCUCAAUCGUAAUGUUCAGUAAAAGUCAUCCUGGAAGUCCAGGGAUACUUUUGGUCGCAUCAAAUAAAGGCCAUUCUCCCGUAGUGCUGUCGAGCUUUGGGCAGCCAUAGAUAUAUGUAUAUGCAUAAGCUGUAUCACUCUAAUGAAUAAAUAAAAAGCUGAUGUUAUGAAAUGGCGGGACUACUUUCAUAAACAACUUGUCCAUUGGAAGCUUCUUGUUUCGUUUCUAGUCGCCCGCGCGUCGUGUGCUUUGUUUAUUUUUCCUUAA